AUGGCGACAAAGAAUCCCCCCAAGGCCAAAAAGGCCCCAAAAGUCAAGCAAAUGGAACUACCCAAUGCCGCCGCAGGCGUGGUCACACGAUUUCCUCCAGAACCCUCGGGUUACCUCCACAUAGGUCACUCGAAAGCUGCUCUCCUCAAUGACUUCUUUGCUCACAUUCAAUAUCCUGGUGGCAAGAUGAUCUUGAGGUUCGACGACACAAACAUUGAGAAAGAGACCGUCGAGUACCAAGAUGCAAUUCGCGAGGACGUUGCUCUUCUGGGUAUUCAGCCCGACAUGAUCUCUUACACGAGCGACUACUUUGACCAAAUCGACGAGUACUGUGUCAAGAUUAUCAAGGUCGGGAAGGCCUACGCAGACGACACACCUGCCGAUGUAAUGAGCGCGCAAAGACAGGCACGUGAGCCUAGUGUCCACAGAGACGACAGCGUUGAGGAUAAUCUGGCAAGGUACGAGGAGAUGAAGAAAGGCACUGAAGAGGGAAAGCGAUGGUGUAUCCGAGCAAAGAUCUCCUACGCCAACGAUAAUGCCUCCCUCCGAGAUCCGGUGAUCUUUCGAUGUCCUAAGAAUAACACACACCACCACCGCACAGGCGAUAAAUACAAGGCGUAUCCUACCUACCAAUUUGCUUGUCCGAUUGUCGAUUCUAUUGAAGGUGUCACUCAUGCUCUGAGGACAACUGAGUACAAUGAUCAAGAUGCCCAAUACAAGUGGAUUCUCAAGGCCAUCGAUCUGCGGAGCCCUUAUAUCUGGACUUUCUCCAAGAUUCAGUUUGUGCGCACGCUGAUGUCGAAGCGAAAAUUGACGAAGCUGGUCAAUGCCGGUAUUGUAAAGGGCUGGGACGAUCCCCGCUUCCCAACCGUGAGAGGUAUCCGCCGGCGUGGCAUGACUGUUGAAGGUCUACGGGAUUUCAUGGUCAGUCAGGGACCAAGCAAGAAUGUAGUCAAUAUGGACUGGCAUACCAUCUGGACCAUGAACAAGAAAGUGAUUGAUCUGACAAGCGCGCGAUACACCGCGAUUGACGACAACCAUGUCGUUUGCAAAGUCAAAGGCCUCCCACAAGAAGCACCUUACUCGGAGGUCAAACCCAAACACGCAAAAUACGAUCUAGGAGAGAAGAAGGUUUGGUACAGCUCUAAUGUCAUCAUCGAGCAAGAGGACGCUCGGACAUUCGCCAAAGACGAAGAAAUCACGCUUAUGAAUUGGGGCAACGCAUACGUCCGGGACAUCCAGUACGAGAAAACCACCGAUAAACCAGACAUCACCGAUGGCGUGAACGCAUUGGGUAAUGUCGCCUCCCUCGAGCUCGAACUCCACCUCGACGGCGACUUCAAAGCCACAAAGAAGAAGAUCACGUGGCUUUCCAAGGACCAGGACCUCUGUCCCGUCCAACUGGAAGAUUUCGAUCAUUUACUCUCCAAGGACAAGCUUACCGAGGAGGAAGAGACUCACUGGGAAGACUUCCUGACACCCAAGAGCGAGUUCAGCUCUACCGCGUUGGCCGACUGCAAUGUAUGGGACGUCAAGGAGGAUGAUAUAAUUCAGUUUGAUCGCAAGGGUUACUAUCGAUGUGACAAGGCUCCGACCAAGGAGUCCCAGGGCGUCUUCUUCAAGGUACCAACGGGGAAGGAAUAA